CUCUGUGUAUGAACCAAAUAAAAAGAGGGGAGUCAUGAUCUGGUUUUGAAGAGUCAAGCAUUUGUUGUUCUGCAGAGAGCUACAGACGACUUGGACGUGACUAACUUCAUAGAGGGUGUGCAGUAGUACUGGUUGAUUUCAGGAACAAUGGCAGUCUGGCCUCUUUGUCUGUCUUUCUUUCUGCUCUUUGCUCUGGAUGCUUCAGAGGCAACACCUCUUAAUGGCACAAGCAAUGGUAAGAUAUUGAUGCUGUCUUUUAGUGUGUUACAUUUGUUCUGCUCUUUUGCUCUGGAUGCUUCAGAGGCAACACCUCUUAAUGGCACAAGCAAUGAGACAGCACCUCUUAAUUGCAGAAGCGAUGGGACCUGUACCCUGGUCAGACAAGAAACCUGUGAAAGUGGAUGGUCUGCAUAUAAAGGUAGAUGCUUCCGCUUUUUUAACUUUCAGCGUUCCUGGAUUGACGCAGAGAAACAGUGUUUGGGCUACGAUGGGAACCUGGCCUCUGUACACAGUUAUGAGGAGUACACCUUCGUACAGUUCAUGAUUAAAUAUCAAACUCAAGCUGCAACUGAGGCCUGGAUAGGAGGCUAUGACGCUGUUUCAGAGGGAACAUGGCUCUGGAGUGAUGGAUCAAAACUGGACCAAGAGAUAUGGGCUCCUUCACAACCUGACAAUACCAAUAGAAACGAGCACUGUCUUAUGAUGAACUAUCAACCCUCGAGCAACUGGAAUGACAGCCCCUGUCAUAUUAAAAAGCCUUAUGUGUGUGUGAAGAAAUACACUCGAGCAUUUACGUUUCAUGUAAAAUUGUAAAUGUCUUAUUGUCUUGCAUUAAAGGAAUAGUUGAACAAAAAA